UAAGAAAGCGAAGAAGAAGGCACCUGUGUGUCCAGCUUUCUCCUCACAACAAAUUUGUCUAGUGUCCAUGCAAGCUUGUUAACGCAUGAAGUGAGAAAGAGUCACAGAAGGGAAGACAUUUAGGAACGAUGAAGCUCAACAUCGACGGUCUGUUGGUGUAUUUCCCCUACGAUUACAUCUAUCCUGAACAAUACUCGUACAUGCUGGAGCUCAAGAGGACGCUCGAUGCUAAGGGACACGGUGUCCUGGAGAUGCCGUCAGGAACUGGCAAGACCAUCUCACUGUUGUCACUCAUUGUUGCGUAUCAGAGGGCGUUUCCUCUGGAAGUCACCAAGCUCAUCUACUGCUCCAGAACGGUCCCCGAGAUUGAGAAGGUGGUGGAGGAGCUGAGGAAGCUGAUGGAGUUUUAUUCCAAGGAGACAGGGGAGAGAAACAACUUCCUGGCUCUGGCACUCUCCUCCCGCAAGAACCUCUGUGUCCACCCAGAGGUGAGCAGCCUGCGUUUCGGAAAGGAAGUGGACAGUAAGUGUCACAGUCUGACAGCGUCGUACAUUCGCGCCCAACGUCAUAGCAACCCCGACCAGCCCGUCUGUCACUUUUACGAGGAGUUUGACGCGGUGGGCCGGCAAGUGCCGCUUCCCGCUGGCAUCUACAACCUGGACGACCUGAAGGACUUUGGCCGCAAGAAAGGAUGGUGUCCCUACUAUCUAGCACGCUACUCGAUCCUGCAUGCUAAUAUUGUGGUGUACAGCUACCACUACCUGCUGGACCCCAAGAUAGCAGACCUGGUGUCCAAGGAGCUGGCCAAGCAGUCUGUGGUGGUCUUUGACGAGGCGCACAACAUCGACAAUGUGUGCAUCGACUCCAUGAGCGUCAACAUCACCAGGCGGACGCUGGAUCGUUGCCAGGGUAAUGUCGACAUGUUGCAGAACACCAUACACAACAUCAAAGAGACUGAUGCUGCCAAACUGAAGGAGGAAUAUCGACGCCUGGUGGAAGGCUUGAAGGAAGCCAAUGUGGCGCGGGAGACAGACGUCUACCUCGCUAAUCCCGUGCUGCCGGACGAGAUCCUAAAAGAGGCCAUUCCGGGCACCAUCCGGACCGCCGAGCACUUUGUGGGCUUCCUGAGGCGCUUCAUGGAGUACUUGAAGUCCCGCCUGAGGGUGCAGCACGUGGUCCAGGAGAGCGCCCCGCAGUUCCUCAAAGACAUCUUUGACAAAGUCUGCAUCGACCGCAAGCCUCUCAGGUUUUGCGCCGAGCGUCUGCAGUCGCUAUUACGGACGCUUGAGAUCACCGACAUUGCUGACUUCUCCGCCGUCACGCUCAUCUCGAACUUUGCCACGCUGGUUAGCACAUACAGCCAAGGUUUCACCAUCAUCAUUGAGCCCUUUGAAGACAGAACGCCGACCAUCGCCAACCCCGUGUUGCACUUCAGCUGCAUGGACCCGUCCAUCGCCAUCAAACCUGUCUUUCAAAGGUUCCAGUCAGUCAUCAUCACGUCGGGGACGUUGUCUCCGCUGGACAUUUACCCUCGCAUCCUGGACUUCCGGCCUGUCACCAUGGCGUCUUUCACCAUGACACUGGCGCGAACCUGCCUCUGCCCGCUGAUUGUCGGGCGAGGAAACGACCAGGUGGCUCUGAGCUCCAAGUUUGAGACUAGAGAAGAUUUUGCUGUGAUCCGUAACUACGGCAACCUGCUCCUGGAGAUGUCCGCUGUGGUUCCUGAUGGCAUCGUGGCAUUUUUCACCAGCUACGUCUACAUGGAGAACAUUGUGGCAUCCUGGUACGAGCAGGGAAUUCUGGAGAACAUUCAGAAGAACAAGCUGAUCUUCAUCGAGACGCAGGAUGCCGCAGAGACCAGCAUGGCGCUGGAGAAGUACCAGGAGGCGUGUGAGAAUGGCAGAGGAGCCAUCCUGUUGUCAGUGGCACGGGGGAAAGUAUCAGAGGGGAUCGAUUUUGUGCACCACUUUGGCCGAGCGGUCAUCAUGUUUGGCGUUCCGUACGUUUACACACAGAGCCGCAUUCUCAAGGCCCGUCUGGAGUACCUGCGUGACCAGUUCCAGAUCCGUGAGAACGACUUUCUCACCUUCGACGCCAUGCGACACGCCGCGCAGUGCGUCGGCCGAGCCAUCCGAGGAAAGACCGACUAUGGACUCAUGAUUUUUGCUGACAAGCGUUACGCCCGAGCGGACAAGCGCGGGAAGCUUCCUCGCUGGAUCCAAGAGCACAUUAACGAUGGCAGCCUCAACCUCACGGUGGAUGAGACCGUUCAGCUGUCCAAGCAUUUCCUCAGACAGAUGGCUCAGCCCUUCAGACAGGAGGACCAGCUGGGCUUGUCUCUACUGACGCUGGAGCAGCUGCAGUCGGAAGAGAUGCUAAAGAAGAUCGCUCAGAUGGCUCAUCAGAGCUAAAAGUGCUCCCGGUCGACUCCCAAAAUCAUCACGAUCAUAACUAUGUUGUUAGUGCAAACCAGUGAUAACACAUGAGUGGAAAGUCACUCUUCGGAUCGUCUGUUGUACAGACAUUGAUGUACUUAAACUGUUCAUGUGACAUUUUAUGUGUAGAUAGCUUAUCAUUUAGUCUUUUUUUCAGUUACACCGGAGGUCACUGACAUAGUUAAGUGCCUUUUAAUUUUCUUGUCAGAUUCACUCAGUCAUCAUGGAAAAUGGAGCAGAAUAAUUAAUUCGGGUCUUAUUGCAAGAAGCAAAAUAUUUCCUCGUAUACCAGUAGUGAUGGGUCCAUGAGGCCUCAUAAGGU